CUGUUGGUGGAAGGAACGAAUGAAUGAACGAGUGAGAGAUGGAAAGUUGAGUUCGUACUCGUGAACGGCCUGGGCCAAGGCUGACAUUCACUUCCACAUUCGAGCGCUGAUUUUAUUCUGAGCAAAUGAAGGUUGGGCCCUGGGGCGUCGGAAGCCUGGGAGGCAGAUCCAGAACCGGGAGGGCGGGGCCCCCGCGCGGCGCCGUUGUCAUGGAAACGGAUUCUCAGCGGCUGAACUACAACUCCCAGCGGCCACCGCGCUUCCGGUCGGCAAGAUGGUGGCGCGCAGGAGGAAGCGUGCGGCGCGAGACCCUGAGGAGGGGAUCCCGAGCCCGCCGGGCUACUCAGGAAAGCCUGUCACGCCUGCUGUCCCCCUGCGGCCCUGUCCAGUCUGUGGAGUUACAGGAGAAGCCAGACCUUGCUGAGAGCCCAAAGGAACCAAAGUCAAAGUUUUUUCACCCCAAGCCUGUUCCGGGGUUCCAGGUAGCCUAUGUGGUGUUCCAGAAGCCAGGUGGAGUGUCAGCUGCCUUGACCCUGAAGGGCCCUUUGCUGGUCUCUACAGAAAGUCAUCCUGUGAAGAGUGGCAUUCACAAGUGGAUCAGUGACUACGCAGACUCCGUGCCUGACCCCGAGGCCUUGAGGACUGAAGUGGACACAUUCAUGGAGGCAUAUGACAAGAAGAUAGCUGAGGAGGAGGCUAAGGCCAAGGAAGAGGAAGGAGUCCCUGACGAGGAGGGCUGGGUGAAGGUGACCCGCCGGGGCCGGCGGCCCGUGCUGCCCCGGACGGAGGCAGCCAGCCUGCGGGUGCUGGAGAGGGAGAGACGGAAGCGUGCCCGCAAGGAACUGCUCAACUUCUAUGCCUGGCAGCACCGGGAGUCCAAGAUGGAGCAUCUAGCACAGCUGCGCAAGAAGUUCGAGGAGGACAAGCAGAGGAUUGAACUGAUGCGUGCUCAACGCAAGUUCCGACCCUACUGAGCUGUGCUGGCUGUGGCCCCCACGGAGAGCAUUGUGGCUGGGCGGAGCUGCGGGGCCUGCACACACCCAGGGAGGCUGUGCUCUUGAAUGGGCACCAGCCCUGUCUCCAAGUCUACAUGGGCUGGGAGUGAAAGACAGUGUCACCCCUCUCGGUCCUUGUGCUUUGGCAGCCUGGGUCCAGCGCUGGCCAGGCCUGCCCAGCAGGAGGACUUGGCCCUCGGGAAGCGGCUCCUGUGUCCUGCCUCCAGACGCUCUGCUCUGCCCUGUGCACCCCUUCCCCUCAGUGGAAGAGCCCUCGCUGGCAGUGAGACUGCCUCAAAACAGAGAGAAUACAAGUUUUAUUUUCCACCCAGGGAAAGGCCCGGCGGGCACUGCCGGCUCACUGGGGAUUAGUAAGC